AGUUAGUCUUAAUCGGAAAUUUCCAUCAAGAUGACAAAACUUGUGAUACUGCUGAUUAUAGCAGCUGCAAACUGCCAAGAACUCGAUUGGUGGGAAGGUGGAAAUUUUUAUCAAAUUUAUCCGCGUUCCUAUAUGGACAGCGAUGGUGAUGGCAUUGGUGAUUUACAAGGAAUCAAAUCGAAGCUUGCAUAUGUCAAAGGAUUGGGUAUGGACGGUGUUUGGUUAUCUCCAAUCUAUAAAUCACCACAGGCUGAUUUCGGAUAUGAUAUUUCGGAUUAUCGUGGUAUUAAUGCCGAGUACGGAACUCUCGAGGAUUUCGAUGAGGUAAUCGCUGAAUGUGAACGACUGCAAUUAAAAUUAAUCCUCGAUUUCGUUCCAAAUCAUACAUCUGAUGAGCAUGAAUGGUUUAAUAAGAGCGAGGCAAGUGUUCCAGGAUAUGAGGAUUAUUAUAUAUGGCGUGAUGGUAAAAUUGAUCCAUACACAAAUCUUCUAGUUCCACCAACAAAUUGGAUAAGCUUCUUCAGAUAUUCAGCAUGGCGAUGGUCGAACAUCCGCAAACAAUUUUAUUUACAUCAAUUCCAUUACAAACAGCCAGACAUAAAUUAUCGAAGUCCAAAAUUAGUUCAAGAAAUGAAAGAUGUUUUAAGCUACUGGAUGCAAAAAGGUGUUGCUGGAUUUCGCAUUGACAUCAUCGUUUGCCUUUUCGAGAAAAUGUUUGAAGACGGAACUUUCCCAGACGAGCCAAUUGACAAUCCAAAUUGUGACUAUAACGACCCUUGUUAUCUAAAUCACAUUUAUACCCAAGAUCAGAAUGAGACAUACGAUAUGGCUUAUCAAUGGCGAGAAUUGCUUGACAACUUUAAAAUAUUGAAUGGCGGUGAUACAAGAAUCAUGAUGACAGAAUCAUAUGCGGCUGUUGAAAAGGCACAGAGAUUUUAUGGCGAUGGAGAUAGGAAAGGAUCUUAUGUCCCAUUUAAUUUUGAGAUUAUAAAGAAUUUGAAUCAAAACAGCACGGCAAAGGACUACAAAAAUACUAUAGAUUCAUGGUUGGAUCACAUGCCUAAAAAGACUGGUAUUCAGGCAAAUUGGGUGUUAGGGAAUCAUGAUCAGCAUCGAGCAGCAAGUCGGUUGGGAGUUGAUCGAGGUGAUUUAUUAAAUAUUUUGGUACAAACACUUCCAGGUAUUGCAAUAACUUAUCAAGGCGAGGAACUAGUGAUGACAAAUGUUCAUUUAACUUGGGAACAGACAGUAGAUCCACAAGCAUGUAAUACUCAUGAUCCAGUGAAUUAUGAGAGUUCAUCACGUGAUCCAGCUAGAACUCCAUUUCCAUGGGACGAUACCAAAAAUGGUGGAUUUUCCACAAACGAUACAACUUGGUUACCAGCUGGCAAAAAUUAUGAAACAGUCAAUGUAAAAGCACAAGAGGCAGCGACAAAUAGUCACUUGAAAAUAUUCCGUAGACUAACGACAAUUAGAAAACAGCCUGUAUUCCGACAGGGGACUUAUGCUGGCACUUUAUUGAAUAAUGAUAAUGUUUUCGCAUAUAAAAGAGAAUACGAAAAUCAAGUCGCGGUUAUUUUAUUGAAUUUUGGAACAACACAGCAGACUGUUAAUGUCACAUCUGCAUUUAGUGGAGUUCCUGCGCAACUGAAAAUUUAUACAUCAUCAUUAUCGUCAGGGAUGACAAACGGAGCGGAUGUAUUAAGCACAAAUGUUGUUAUAGGCAAAGAUAUCGGUGUGGUGCUGCUGUCAUCAACUGUUAGUGCUGAAUAUUAGUAUGAACUGUUUGUUAUGCGAGCUCAAAAGAAUAGAGCACAGACGCUGUUUAAUGUAUUUAUAAUGUUUGCCAAAAACUGCAUUAGAAUCUGAAAUAAAAUGAUUUUCAUGUGGAAAAUGAGAGAUUUUUGAAAUGCGAGAAUUUUUUUUUGGGGUUAUGAAAAUUAUUUUUUUCUAAAUCAUGACUGCUUUUUGUGCUUUUAUCUCUUUUGAUAGGAAAGUUUUGGUUUAGAAAUUUGGUAGAUUUUGUUUUAAUGAUUAUGAUUAUUAUUUUUGAUAUUUUAGUUGAAGUUUGGGGGUUGUUCAUAAAUGAUGUGUAUGGGAAGUGGAUUAUGGGGACUUGUAUUGGUGUUUUUGAUGAAAGGUUGCAGUAUUGGAUCAUUGUUAAGCUAAGAACUGGAUAGCAUAAAUAAAUUACUCUCAAGAAAGAGCA